AUGGAGGUUACUGCUCGUGCUGCUGUGCUGUUCCUCCUGCUUCUAUCUCAGGCCCUGACUGCUGUUCAUACACAGGAGGAAGAGGAGGCAAUCCAGGAGGAGGAGUUGCAGGAGGAGGACCAGCAGGUCAUCGAGACAUGGACGUCAAGCGUCAAAGCCUGCACCUGUGACUGUGAAUCUGCUGAUUCACCUACAAGCAGCCCCACCGUCAUUUCGUCUGUCCCGCCAAUCUCAUUGUCACGGCCGUCGCCUGUGGAUAACCCAUUGACCUGCAUGCCAGAAUGCCCCUACCACAAAGCCCUGGGGUUUGAAUCUGGAUCUGUGUCAUCAGAGCAGAUCAGCUGCUCCAAUCAGGACCAGUACACCGGCUGGUACAUCUCCUGGAUCCCCAACAAGGCUCGUCUUAACAACCAAGGCUUUGGCUGUGCUUGGCUCUCCAAGUUUAACGACCAGUUCCAGUGGAUCCAGAUCGACCUGAAGUCGGUGGGUGUGGUGUCUGGCAUCCUCACACAGGGUCGCUGCGAUGCUGAUGAAUGGAUUACUAAAUACAGCAUCCAAUACCGCUCUGUGGAAAAUCUCAACUGGGUCUAUUACAAAGACCAGACAGGCAACAACAGGGUCUUCUAUGGGAAUUCUGACCGCUCCUCCACGGUGCAGAACCUGCUGCGCCCACCCAUCGUGGCCCGUUACAUCCGCCUGCUGCCGCUGGGCUGGCACACCCGCAUCGCCAUGAGGAUGGAGCUGCUGAUGUGCACCAACAAGUGUAUGUGA